GAAAGGCAAAAUAAGAAAAACGCUUAAUGUCUGAGCUUUGCUGAUUUUCCCCUGUUAAAAACUUGUUAUUCAUGUGUGGCUGCUUUUUUAUUUGCAGUCACCUUUUAUGUAAAUUAUAUCCUGCUACACAGGCACUCCUCCAUAGUCUCUGUAUUUACAAUUCAAAUGAAGUGGCAGUUGAACCACAGGCAAGCCUAUUAGAUCUUUAACAUGUACAUUGAUAAUAUCUGAACUAGAGUUAAAUCUUACAAGAAAGUGUUAGACACAAUAGGUUCAUGGGGCAUUGAUCUCUUCACAGACCUUAAAUCUGCUCUGUGACUUGACCUAAAACAAAUGAAUUUUGUAGACCAAGAUGGACACAACAACCUAGAGGCCCUCUGACAUUGCUUAACACAUUAGCCUAUUACAUAAAUACAAUAAAUAUGUUAUGAGAGUAUAACAGGUUUAACAAUAUAAAAGUGAUUUGUUUUGUAACCUAUAUUUGGAGAAGUUGCAACCAUUCACCGGUUGUUGUACACAGACCACAACAACAGUAACAUAACAAAGGGGAGUUAUUCUCAUGUUGUCCUUUAAUAACUUUAUCCCACUCACGGGGAGGGGUGGAAUUUAGAGAGCUCUCAGAGUAAUCAUGUUGGAAAAUAUGUGUGUAGAGACCUCCCUCGCUGUUACGCGCUAUCACAGCGAGACGACGGGAUAGGUUUUUUGUUUCAUAUCACGUGAGCGAGAGGUGGGGCUAGUUUACAUUAGACACCACCCAAUACGACUAAAGACAGGUAGAGACAGGUGAGCUGGAGGCGGUGUACUUCUGAAUGAAAUCAACAACGCCUGCAGUCCCUGUCAAUGUUUGACAAAUAGUGUAGUCAAGUAUUUUUCAGUUUAGGACGUUUGAAACUACUUUCUGUUUUUGAAAAUAUAUUAUGAAGUUUGCUGUUGUGCUAUAGAGUAUUUUAGAUUACGAGAGUCACAGACAUCAGUUACCUUUGUGCUGCGUAGGCACAAUGAUGAGCUCCGACGAUCUCCGGCCGACAAAUAAUUCUGGUCGCAAACCACUAGGUAAGCUCGCCACAAGGUUGGAAGAAGUGAAGAACCCAUGGCGACAAGGGUCGACGCUCGAGCUUAGCCACAAUGAGACGGCCAGGCUGGCAACAGACGCUCUACUGGAGUCAGGAGAAAAGGAAUACAGACGAGUUCUGACAGUGGAAAGGGAAUUAAACUUUCUCUCUUCGCUUGAGAUUCGUUAUAUUACUGAACAUGCAGCUAAGAACUGCAGCUCCGACAACAGCGCAAAUGGCACUGACCGGGACAUUGGAGAGGGGGAUACGGUGUCAGAGCUCACCUCGGGGACUUAUUUCCCAAUGAUGUCUGACGAGGAGCCACCAAUUCUGGAACUAGGAUGGCCAGAAAACCCACAUCGAUACGGACCCUCAGAAACACAGAUCUAUUUCCAGAGAGACAAGUCUCACAAUGUGAAAGACCUCAUUCGGUCAUUAAUAAAUAAAGCAAAAAAGGUCAUAGCGUUGGUCAUGGACCUCUUCACAGAUGUUGAUCUGCUGUGUGACUUAAUGGAGGCCUCGAACAAGCGCAAGGUCCCUGUGUACAUUCUACUGGAUGAAAAGAACCUCAACUACUUUGUCGACAUGUGUGCUGCCCUGGACAUCCAGAAUUCUCACCUGGGGAACAUGAGAAUACGCAGUGUGUGUGGAGAUACCUAUUGCACCAAAAGUGGGAAAAAGUUCACUGGACAGGUCCAGGAAAAGUUUUUAAUUAUUGACUGUGAGGAAGUCAUCGCUGGGUCCUACAGUUUUAGCUGGCUCUCGGCACAGGUCCACAGCAACAUGGUGAUGCACUUCUCUGGGCAGAUCACUGACAGCUUCGACCGAGAAUUCCGCUGCCUUUAUGCUGACUCUCAGAUCAUUGACUGCUUCCACAACCCAGAUGAAGAGGGUCUUCCAUACUACCCAUACCCUGUGAUGGUACCCAACAUGCUAGACCUCUUCACCCAGAGGCCUCGGGACAGGGAGAAGUUUCCGGGUUCGGAUAACUCUAGCAGCCAAUCCAGCAGCAGCAUGUCCAGUGUCAAGGCAGCACCCGGCAUGACAAAUACAGUUUACAAGGUUAAUCAAGGUCCCAAGAAAGAGCCCAGCAACUCUCAUAUGAGCCCUGAGAGGAGAGGAGGAACUUUAUCUCCCACCCCUCAUAAUCACCCCCCACAAGCCACCAGAGGCUCUCACAAUGGGAACAGUAAAACCCUAUCUUCUGAACGCCCUUCCUCUACAGAGUGGUCCAAGUCCCGCUCUGCUGAGUUCCUUGGACCAAGUGUCGUGGGAACCACAUCUAAGUUUCAGGCUCUCGGUGUGUAUGAUCACAAGUCAAACCUAUUCAACAGUAGCCCCAACACACAGUCUCCAGUGCAGGAGACUCCACUUUCUCCCAAGCAAAGGACUUCCUCUAACCCCUUCCUCACCAAGCUUACUGACCUCUUCCUUCCCCCAACCAAGAAGGACCUCCUUCCCCUAACGGAAAAGGACACCUACAACUAUCAGAAGGUUCCUUUUAACAGCACACCCUUUGCAGGGCCAGACCUAUCCCAGGCCGAGCCGGAGAAUCCUCCGCCACCGCCCCCAGGGAUAAAUCGACAUGAACACAAACGUAUGACGUUAGGCCACAGCAAAUUGGACCUGGUUAACCACUACAACAAGAUGAAGUCCAAGCAAGUGUAUAGUAGGUUUGAAUUAAAGAAUAACCACUGAGAAAAAUUGGUUGGUAACUAUCUAAUGACAAAUGCACUUACUGUAACAGGAACUGCUAAAUGUAAAAUAAAAUAGAAAAAAUAAUAAAUGUUAAAUGUAACUGCGUCUGUGCUGGGACCGUGGCUAAUGUUUUCUACCCACAUCGCACAUAACCGCAUGAGACCUCUGGGAAGCAGCAAAGUUUGUUGUUGUAUUUACACCGAUCAGCCAUAACAUUAAGACCACCUGCCUAAUAUUGUGUAGGUCCCCCUUUUGCCGCAGAACCAGCC